AUGGCUCAACCUCCACAAUCGCAGGCUCAAGCAGCCAAGCCAAAAGGCUCAAACAUGCUCCGUUACAUUGCCAUGAUAGUUCUGGCCUUAAUUAUCCUUGUGGGUAUAGCAGUGCUCAUAAUUUGGCUUGUUUUGAAGCCCAAACGCUUGGAGUACAGUGUGGAGAAUGCAGCAAUCCACAACUUCAACUUAACGGACACAAAUCACCUUUAUGCCAACUUUGAUUUGACCAUAAGAUCAUACAAUCCAAAUUCUAAAGUGUCUCUCUACUAUGACUCAAUGGAAGUGUCGGUGCGUUAUGAGGACCAAACGCUAGCCACCAAUGCAGUUCAGCCAUUCUUUCAGUCACAUAAAAACGUGACAAGGUUGCGCGUGGGGCUCACUGCUCAAACCGUGGCCUUGUAUGACUCAGCGCCUAAGGACCUUCGGGUUGAGAGGAGCGGAGGGGACGUUGACUUUGAUGUGAAGGUGAGAGCAAGGAUACGCUUUAAGGUUGGCGCGUGGAAGUCAAAGCAUCGCGUUUUGAACAUUUUUUGUUCUCCCGUGUCCAUCAAAUUUUCCAGAGCCAAGAGUUUCGAAAGGACCCCCUGUGAAGUAGAACUCUGA